ACCCAAGCAAGGACAUCCCACGAGCACUGCGAGGACUUCUGCACCCAGCUUUGCCAUUCGGUCCUCAAUGGCGAGAAUCUCUGCUCCCACCGCUCUAGCCAUUCUCCUGACUUGCCUCUUCUCCGGGGCACACGGCCAGACCCCAAGGGCUUUCCCGGAGAGCACCGUCCCCUUUGAGGUGCUUAGCCAGGAGCAGGCUUACAGUCUGGUCCAGCCAAGCCUGUUCCAGGAUGCCAAGCCGUCGAACCACUCGGAGAGCCUCCCCAGGAGCGCCAGCUCUGAGCCACCCCUGCUGCCCCUCUGCGGGAAGCCUGCAGAUAUCAGACACAUCUUCAAGUACAUCAACACCAUCGUGUCCUGCACCAUCUUCAUAGUAGGGAUCAUUGGGAACUCCACGCUCCUGAGGAUCAUUUACAAGAACAAGUGCAUGAGGAACGGGCCAAAUGUCCUCAUUGCUAGCUUGGCGCUCGGAGACCUCCUCUACAUCCUCAUUGCUCUGCCCAUCAACGUGUAUAAGCUCUUGGCAAAGGACUGGCCCUUCGGCGUGCCGGUGUGCAAGCUGGUCCCCUUCAUCCAGAAGGCCUCAGUGGGCAUCACGGUCCUCAGCCUUUGUGCUCUCAGCAUUGACAGGUACCGAGCAGUGGCGUCCUGGAGUCGGAUCCAGGGGAUAGGAAUCCCCAUGUGGAAGGCAGUGGAGGUGAUGCUGAUCUGGGCAGUGGCCAUCGUGCUUGCAGUCCCCGAAGCUAUAGCCUUUGACAUGGUGGAGCUCAGCUACUGGGAACGACACCUGUGGGUGUGCAUGCUCGCCUCCGAACAGAAAUCCAGCUUCAUGAUGUUCUACCGUGAUGUGAAGGACUGGUGGCUUUUCGGCUUCUAUUUCUGCCUCCCCUUGGUAUGCACUGGCAUCUUCUACACCCUCAUGUCAUGUGAGAUGUUGAGCAAGAGAAAUGGCAUGAGGAUUGCCCUGAAUGACCACAUGAAACGGCGCCGGGAGGUGGCCAAGACCGUGUUCUGUCUCGUGGUGAUCUUUGCGCUCUGCUGGCUGCCGCUCCACCUCAGCCGCAUCCUCAAAAAGACCAUCUAUGACCAGACGGACCCCAACAGAUGUGAACUGCUCAGUUUUCUCCUAGUGAUGGAUUACUUCGGGAUCAACAUGGCCUCCCUCAACUCCUGCAUCAACCCCGUGGCUCUCUACUUUGUCAGCCGGAAAUUCAAGAACUGCUUCCAGUCCUGCCUGUGCUGCUGGUGCCAGAGACCGGCUCUGAGCAUCACGCCGACGGACGAGAAGGGCUCUGUUGGGAAGUGGAAAGCCAACGGGCAGGAGCUUGGGCUGGACCGGAGCAGCUCCCGCUUGAGCAACAAGUACAGCUCUUCCUAA